AUGUUCCGUCUCCUUUUGGCCGCCCUCGUCGCCCCUCUGCUUGUCCUCGCAUCCCCCGUGAGCCUCAGCAAGCGCACCUCUGGUCGUGCUACGUAUUACCAAGUCGGUUUGGGUGCAUGUGGUCAAUACAACCAGCCUGGUGAUUUUAUUGUAGCAUUGAAUGCUGCCCAAUUCGAAGUCGGAGGUGGCUACCCAAGCCCACAAUGCUUCCGACGCAUCAAUAUUCACUACGGUGGAAAGACAGCCUCCGCGGUUGUUAUGGACGAGUGUCCCUAUGGCGCCUGCAAUUACGGUGACCUCGAUUUGAGCGAGGGUCUCUUCACAUUCUUCGCACCCACUAGCGCAGGCGUCUUUUACAUGGAAUGGGAAUUCGAGGGCGAAGGAGGUGCACCUCCGCCACCACCACCACCUCCUCCACCACCACAAGAGCCCACAAGCGUCUACACUCCCCCUCCCGAGGUUCAUACGCCUCCUCCAUCGAGCGAGACGCCCGUGCACACGCCAACACCGUCGUCCAGCAGCACCGAGGCUGCUGUGACUGCAGAAUCGGUCAACACUGACACCCCUCAAAACAACGCACCAGCGACUGGAGAUGCGCUCGCUGGACUCGGUAUUGCUGCUGGCCGCCUCGUCAACAUGCUCAACAUUGCACACGCCGGCUAA